AUGAUUAACACGGUUGGAUUAAGGUUAAGUCAACAAAAGGCAUUUCAAAGAGGGUUCCAAAGAAAUUUUCAGAGCUCUUCUAGGGCAUGUAACAAUAUUUUCGGUACUCCAAAGGAGGGACCAUAUUCUAACUUGCCAUUUAAGGUUAAAGAUAGAGUAAUUCCAUUUAAAUUUGCCUACUGGGGUCUUGUUGGGGCAUUCUUUGCGUUCCCAUUCAUGAGCACUUACUGGCACUUGAAAAAGGCUGGAUCAUUUGAGAUGGCAGAGUAA